AUGCGAAUCAACACCGAAGUGAGCCAAAAAGCAGCAAUGAAGCCUGACCCCAUCGUCGUGGACGGGACGUCCUUUGCGCUCAACGGACGCAACCUUUCCUACCGAUUUCACGUCGAUGCCGCCACCGGCGACCUCGUCAGCGACCACUUCGGCGCCGCCGUUCCCGACACGCAGCUGCCUUCCGCUGCGCCCGUCGCGCGCCAGGGCGGCUGGUCGACCGCCGGCGGCGUGCGCCGCGAGUUCCCCGACCUGGGCCGGGGCGACUUCCGCACGCCUGCGUUUCGCGUGCGCGUCGGGGCCACCGGUGGUGGUGGCACGGUGACGGCGCUGCGGUACCACUCCCACGAGGUGAUCCCGGGGAAGCCAGCGUUGGAGGGCCUGCCGUCGACGGUCGCGGCGGCCGGCGAGGCGGCGACGCUGGUGGUAUGCCUGCAGGACGAGCGGAGCCGGAUCGCGGCGGACCUGUCUUACACUGUGUUUCCGGAACUUGAUAUCAUCGCUAGGAGCGUCAAGGUUACCAAUCAGGGGACGCAGACGGUGACAGUUGAGAAGCUGACGAGCAUCAGCGUGGAUCUGCCACAUCGCGACUAUGACAUGAUUAGCCUCCGCGGGGAAUGGACGAGAGAAUGCAACAAGGCGCGUCGCGCCAUCGACUACGGAUCACAAGGCUUCGGUAGCACCACCGGUUACUCAUCCCACUUCCACAACCCCUUCCUCGCGCUCGCGCCGCCCACCACGACCGAGUCCCACGGCGAGGCCUGGGGCUUCGCCCUCGUCUAUUCGGGCUCCUUCCGCGCCGAGGUCGAGAAGAACCCGCAGGGCCUGGUGCGUGCGCAGAUCGGCCUGCACGACGCGCAGCUCUCCUGGCCGCUCGGCCCCGGCGAGACCCUCGUGGCGCCCGAGUGCGUGGCCGCGUACUCGGCCGCGGCCGGCGUGGGGGGCAUGUCGCGCGCGCUGCACCGGCUGCACCGGCGACACCUCAUGCGCGGACCGUGGCGGGACCGCCCGCGGCCGGUGCUGCUCAACGGCUGGGAGGGCGUGUACUUUGACUUUGACGGCGAGGCCAUCGUGGGCAUGGCGGCGGCGGCGGCGGACCUCGGCGUGAAGCUCUUCGUCAUGGACGACGGCUGGUUCGGGGUCAAGCACCCGCGGACGAGCGACGGCGCCGGUCUGGGCGACUGGACGCCGAACCCGGCGCGGUUCCCGGACGGCCUCAAGAGCGUCGUUGACAGGGCGACGACUCUGGCUGUCACAGGGUCUGAUGAGAAGCUGAAAUUUGGCAUCUGGGUUGAGCCUGAAAUGGUCAACCCCAGGUCCGAACUCUUCGAAAGCCAUCCCGACUGGGUGCUCCAGGCUGACGGGUAUCCGCGCACCGAGGCUCGCAACCAGUUGGUCCUCAACCUCGCGCUGCCCGCUGUGCAGGACUUCAUAAUCGAUAGCAUCACAACACUGCUGCGCAGUGCGCCCAUAUCGUACGUCAAGUGGGAUAACAAUCGCGGCAUACACGAGACCGCCUCGCCGGCCGCCUUCCAUGCCUACCUGCUCGGCCUGUACCGCGUACUCGACACGCUCACCACGAGCUUCCCCGACGUCCUCUGGGAAGGCUGCGCCUCGGGCGGCGGCCGCUUCGACGCCGGCAUGCUGCCGUACUUUCCGCAGUCGUGGGCGUCGGACAACACGGACCCCGUCGACCGCGUCGCCAUCCAGUUCGGCACGACCGUCGCGUACCCGGCGGCCGCCAUGGGCGCGCACGUCGCCAAGGUGCCUAACGAGACGACUCGGCGCGUAACGUCGCUGGCGUUUCGCACGCACGUCGCCAUGAUGGGUGGCUCCUUCGGCUUUGAGCUGGACCCGCGUGACAGCAGCGGCGACAUCACCCCGGCGGAGCGGCUGCAGAUCCCCGGGCUGAUCAAGUUGGCGGAGAAGAUCAAUCCGCUAGUGAUCAACGGCGACAUGUGGAAGCUAGAUCUUCCGGGAGAGUCGAACCACCCCGCGGCGUUGUUCCUGGCAGGGGAUGGGUCCCAGGGCGUGUUGUUCGCGUUUCAAAUGCUGGGCCGGACGGUGCACAGCCAGCCAACGCUGCGUUUUCAGGGGCUAGCCGGUGAUGCGAAAUAUCGGUUGGAUGGAGAAAAGGAGUACUCGGGUGCGGCUUUAAUGAAUGGUGGGCUGCAGUUUGCAUUCGCUGGCGACUACGAUAGUCGGGUUGUGCUCAUCGAGCGGCUGUAA